UUGAUACAAUCAAUCAUUGAUUGGUUGCCCGGUAUAAAGAAUCAUGUGAUUAAUUAGACAGCUUGACUACAGUAAGUCACAAGCCCAGCGUAAUGCUACCAGAGUCCAGCAACAUUCUCUAAUUAUAGUAAGAGGAAAGAGAAAGAAUGUGUAUGUGAUUGUGUUGAAGGAUUAAUUUAUGUGCUUUGGUUGGGAAUACUGGCAUUUAAUCUACUUGUUUUUCAGCUUGGUUUGAAUUAAACAUCUGGUACAUAUUGAGAAGACCUUCCAACAUGUGGUAGAAAUCAAUAAGCCCCUGAGUGUUAGAAUUUUGUGUGUGAAUUUUGGUACCUGAGUGAUUGUGUAAUUUUUUUUCUGGUACUGCUCUGGCCCAAUCGUGUCUGUGCAUGCCUGUGUAUGUCAUUCAUAUUCUCUGUAGCGUGAGCAGCUCCUCACAGGAACAAGCCAAGACCUUUUACACUUAAACCAGCAGUUUCUGAUCAAAGAAAACUUUAGCAUUUCAUCCGCCACUGAAGGUUGUUACAACGCCCCAACAUGCAGACCAGCAGGAGUUUUUUAGCCUCAGUGAUUUGCUUUUGGCUUGUGAUUUCAGGAGCUCGGACAAGCGCAGUGGGCAACAUGGAGAUGGAGAGAGAUGCAGCUGCUUCUGAGAAACCCAUCCGCCAGUCCCAGUCUUUGUGUGCUGGUGAACAGGAAUAUGUUCACAAGAGGAAACAAGUAGUUCUUGAGUCACUCAACAGCCUGAGAAUCAACUGUACUACAACAGAUUCGGUUCCUCACAUCGCUCUGUUGGCAUCAGGUGGGGGUCAGAGGGCAGCCGUGGCUCUGAUGGGUUCCCUCUAUCAGAUGGAACAGGAUAGACUGCUGGACACUCUGCUCUACCUGGGAGGAGUUUCUGGGUCAACAUGGUCCAUGUCCUCCCUGUACAGUGACCCUCAGUGGAGCGCUAACAUGGACAGAGCAGUGUCCAGGCUGUCAGGUCCUGGGGUGGAGCUGGAGGAGGCUCUGGCCUGGCUGACUGAGAGGUCCCAGGAGGAGCACUUCUCUCUCACUGAUGUCUGGGGGGUCAUGACCUCUGCUGGCAUCAUGAAACAGAUGGACCUACGGCGUCUGUCAGACGAGGCCAGCAGAAACGCCACCAACCCUUACCCCAUAUACACCGCCAUAGAGAAGCACUGCUUUUCAGAUGGGCCAAUAGAAGGGAAAUGGUUUGAGGUGAGCCCUCAUGAGGCUGGUUUCACAGAGUUGGGUGUAUUCGUUGAAACUUCUCUCCUGGGAAGCAGAUUUGAGAGCGGAGAGCUGCUAGAAAAGAAGCCAGAGAUGGACAUGGUCAAACUACAAGGUGUUCUAGGUUGUGCAUUGGCCCAUGAGGAGACUGUCAGAGAGUUCGUCCCUCCCUGGCUGAACGUGCCUGGGCAUAUAGACGGUGCUGCUGAAGAGUACCUACGUGUGUUCAAUGCCCUUGAUAAACUCAUAGCCCUGACCAGAAGCACAAUUAAGGAUCCUCCUGCUCUGUCUGACCUGGACAAGCUGCAGAAAGUACUAGAAGACAAGGUAAAUCAUAAUGAAUCUGCUUUGCUGGAGUCAAAGAGUUCGGAGGAAAGAAAAAGUCUUUUUCAGCAGUGGAGUCUGGAGCUGCUGAUGGCUGUAGAGACCUGGAGCCAAAGUCUGGAGGAUGGACCUUUCAAAACACAUGUCUCUGUGCUUACUAAGCAAAUCAUUCCCCUGAUUCUGAAAUGGGAGUGGGGAACAACCAGAAACUUCCUCUACCAAUACCAAGAUUCCACUGUUCCACUGUGCCUCCGUUCUGAAGAAAGAUUCCACCUGGUAGAUGCCGGGCUGCUGAUCAAUGUAGCCUAUCCUUCAUUUCUGGGAGACAAGAGAGAUAUCGACCUCAUCAUCGCACCAGAGUACAGCGCUGGAAACAUUUUCGAGACUCUGACUCUUGCCAGAGACUAUGCAGCCAAGGUGAAGAAACCUUUCCCAGAGAUAGGUGAUAAAAUCCUGGAGGAGAGAGAGUGGCCGAACGACUGCUACGUGUUUGAGGGAAAAGAGAAGGAGCCCACUAUCAUUUACAUGCCGCUCUUCAACAGACAGAACUGCCAAGAUGCAGAAGAGUUCAAAGCAAAGAUGGAGGAGUUUUCCACCUUCCAGCGUCCCUUCAACCAGGAAAAGAUCGAGUUUGUGUUGGAGACAGCGAAAACAAACAUGAAGAAGAACAAGGAAACUCUGCUGAGGGAGAUUAACAAGGCUGCUCUCCGCCGACAGAACAAGGUCGCCUCUGCUGCCCCAGACCGCUGAUUCUUGUCUUUUCGGUUUGGUGUGAACAAAAAGUUGUGGUUCCACAGUAAUUAGAAGUCAGAUACUGACUUCAGUGUAAAUGAGUGUAACCUCUCAGAAAGACUCAGUUACAAGAGGAAGAGAAAACACGACAUAACAUGACCCAUAAUGAAUCAUUUAAUGUAAUUGCAUAUAAUGAUGUCUGUUGAAAUACUGUUGUA